AUUGACAAAGUGACAAAAUAUUUUAUAUACUUUCAUAUCGUACAGACAAGAAAAAUGUCUAAAAGCUCCAAAAUACGUGAUUCUACCCUUUUGCAAUUGUACUCGAGAGCAAAAGCACCCCUUAGAGAUUAUUAUGGAUUGACAAUAAUGGAAGACAGAAUAUUGAUCAGUACUUGGAAAAUAUCACACGGACCCCAUUUACAUCCGCGUAGCAAAACUAUAUUGCUUGAAGACGUCAAAUCUGACAAGUAUCUUCGGGAACAUAUCGCAAACACAUUUGGGAUGAGCGCGUUUGAAUAUAUCGAAAGUUUGUACAAUAAUGUAAUCAGAUUGGAAACAUUACCCAAAAAAGUGUUUCUGAACCUAAUGACUUAUCUCGAAAUCGCAGACAUUUUAAAUCUGGGCAGAUCUUCCAAAAUACUCAGAGAGCUGUGCGACAGCGACGAAGUGUGGAAAGUUAUCUAUCAGAAAUUGUUCAACAGGAAAUGUUAUGCUGAUGAGUACAAAACCGCGUCUGAAAUUGGUUGGAAGGAAUUGACUAAACGGAAAUCCUUCCUCAGAAAGCCUUAUAAUUCUGUUAUAGUCAAGCCUAGAAAUGUUACUAAAACUAAAAUCUCCAAAACUGUCAAAUCUGCCAAAACUACUAACAGUACCGCUAGACCUGUUAAAAUUAAAUAAUUUUAUAUUUAUACACAUAUACCUUGUUUAUCCAUAAAAUACCAUUUUUAUAUUUGUA